AUGGCGGGCGGAGCGCGGCGCCUGUACCGCCGCAUCCUGCAGCUGCACCGCGCUCUGCCGCCCGCCCUGCGCGACCUGGGCGACCGCUACGUGAAGGAGGAGUUCCGGAGGCACAGGGCGGCUGGGCCCGCCGAGGCCCAGCGCUUCCUGCGGGAAUGGGAGAACUAUGCAGCACUGAUCCAGCAACAAAUUGAGGACAAACAAAACUUGAGAGAAAAGGCUGUAUAUGGAAUUCAGCUCACAGAAGAAAAACUUAAUGACUUCCGUGAUGAACAGAUUGGGCAGCUGAAGGAACUGAUGGAUGAGGCUACCAAACCUCAUAAAAAAAUCACCAUUUCUAAAGACUCAGAAUACAAAACCUAAAAGAUUAAAAGGAUUAUUUUAAUGCAUAUUGCAACCAUUUUGAAGCUUUUUCCAGUUGUACUUUAAUGUGGUUUCUGUGAGAUAAUGGACGCUGCUGAUGCUGUAACUUGUCUGAAAUGGAUGUGUUUGGCUUUCUGUGCAAGAACAAAUGGAAAAAUGGAAUAAUCACACUUUUAUGUUAAUUGCAUUAUUUUUUCUCCUUUUUGUUUUUUCCUUCCUAAUGGAUGUUGAAGACUGAAAGAAUUUGGGGAAAGUAAAUUGGCAUUUUUAAAAUAUGGAGUUGUUAGUUUUGGGGUUGUUUUGUAAUCUUGGCACCUACAGGGCAAAACAUCUUUCUGUUUGCUUAUCAUCCUCUUCCUUAAUGGAAAAGAUGCUAUUAGCAUUUAUUUUCUGGUGAAGAUUCAGUAGACAAAAGAAUGGUACUAGAGUGGGAUUGUUUUCAUGGAAAGAAAUGAGCAGUAUUAGAAAAGCAUACUGCGGGUGAAAUUGGAAGUUGAUUUUUGUCUUGAGCUUUAUUGUGAAAUGAAUUUAAAAUAAAAGAUGUAGCUCAUUAUUAAAUUAACCUUGAAUCACUCUUA